AUGGCGCAGUUGGUCGCGCCUGAACGAGUCGCUGGCCUCCUCGCGGUCAACGUGAGCCACGAGACGGGGAAGCAACGGUGUCGGACGCGGAGGAGGAGGAGCCCGUGGAGCUCGAGCCCGGGGCCUUUGUCCCCGUCGACCCCCAGGGGGUUCCAUGUUGUGACCUUCACCCUCCCCAUGUUUGACAUCGUCAGCUAUAAUGUGAAAGGGAAGGUCGAGAAGAAUGUGGAGUUGCUCUCGGAACACCUUGCGGAUUGGGUCAGGGAGGAGGAUGGGAAGAAGAUUGUUUUCCAUACUUUCAGUAACACCGGCUGGCUUUGCUAUGGUGUGAUACUGGAGAACUUGCAGCGGCAAGAUCCUUCGGCGGUGGAGAAAAUCAAGGGUUCCGUAAUCGAUUCAGCGCCUGUUGCUGUCCCGGACUCUCAGGUGUGGGCACUAGGUUUCUCGGCUGCUAUCAUGAAGAAAAACAGCGUGACAACGAAAGGAGCUGUAUCAAAUGAUACAAGGUCUGACGUCAUAGUUGUGGAGUCUCAAAAUGAUAUCAGACCAGCAGCUACUGAGGCUGUUCUACUAUCUGCGUUGGAGAAGUUCUUCGAUAUUGUUCUGAACUAUCCGGCCAUAAAUAGGUAUGCAGCUAAUCCACAUAUGCAGGUGUCUUGUGCAUUUUCAGCCUUGUGGACAAUAUCCAAAUUCUCUAAGCCUUUUCAGUAUAUCUGUUUUUAAAUGUGAUGCAUGACAUCUGACUCAUAGAAGAGUUCAUUGUUUAUUUGACGAGUCAUCAGUAUUCCUGUCGUCAUCGAUUAUAUCUUGCCAAAUGCCAUGGCUCAUGUUGUA